GAGAAGAUCAUGCUAGAAGUGCUGGCACAACGGCGCGACGUUCUUGGCGACAAGCAUCCCGACACCAUCGCGAGCAUGGAGUCGCUAGCCUUAACAUACCAUGCCCAGAAGAGGUACGAAGAGGCGGAGAGGAUGAUGCUAGAAGUGCUGGCACAACGGCGCGACCUUCUUGGCGACAAGCAUCCCAGUACGAUCAAGAGCAUGGAGUCGCUAGCCUUAAUAUACCAAGAUCAGAAGAGGUACGAAGAGGCGGAGAAGAUCAUAGUGGAAGUGCUGGCACUACGGCGCGACGUUCUUGGCAACAAACAUCCCGACACGAUCGCGAGCAUGGCGUGGAUAGCCAUAAUAUACCAUGCCCAGGGGAGGUAUAUAGAGGCGGAGAGGAUCAAGCUAGAAGUGCUGGCACUACGGCGCGACGUUCUCGGCGACAAGCAUCGUGACACGAUCAAGAGCAUGGCGAUGCUAGCCAGAACAUACCGAGCCCAAGGGAGGCACGAAGAGGCGGAGAAGAUCGAGCUGGAAGUGCAGGCACUACGUCGUGACGUUCUCGGCGACAAGCAUCCCGACACGAUCACGAGCAUGGCGUCGAUGGAAAACUCCGCUAAUGACAGGAAUCCACAAGAGAAAGCAACAGAGGCGGACAAGGUGUCGUUGUCCUCCUUCUCUGAUCGGAAGUUGUAUGUUCGAUCGUCAGAUGGCCACGCCAACGACGAGCCCGAUGCACAAUCUGUCGGAACCGGUGGCGAGAAGGUGUCUACCAGCGGGCGCAAUGACCACAAGGAAAGCAAAGGACGUUGGGAAAUCAAGCGAACGAGUUUCGAUGAUCUCGAUGAACCAUCGAGGAAGCCUUGGUUGCCGAAUCUCCAGAAAGUGGCGGAAGCCGAGCCGAAACCGCGCAGGAGAGCGAAGUCCAGAUAACUGUACCAAAAGAAGACCAACGAUGGCAUCAAGAGGUUGACCCGGGUGGGUUGAGGGGGAAGAGAAAGCACGCCUGGGGCAGGGACUGCGGCGAGAGACACCGAGCGUACAAAGUGAAGGAGCUUGGAGCCACGACUCGAACGGGGAGAUCGUCACGCGCCGAUGCCCCUGCUAAGCAUUAGGAAUUGACUCUCCUUAGCCCAAUUCAGACACCAGGUUGGGGGCUCCUAU